CCUCCCUCUGUUGUCGCCGCCGAGACGUCCCAUUCAUCGGCCGCCGCGGGGGCGCGUCUCUGACGUCACGGCGAGCCGCGCGCUGAUUGGCCGUCGGCGAGUGGGACCACGCGCCCGUGGGGUCACCGCUCCGAACGAUGGGAUAUAGGCGGCGCCGGCCGGCGGCCCGGCCCAUUCGGCACAGAUAGCCGCGUGCGCCCGCAUCAAUCAGCGGAGACCACUAGCCAUGAAGCAGUCAGGAGUCUGGGCGGUGGCGGUGGUGGCGGCGGCGGUUCUGGCCGCCCCGGCGGCAGCCAACAACUUCCUGGCGGUAGACUACCUCGGCGAUGGCGAGCGGGAGACGAGGAUCCACUUCGACCGAGUGCACGCCAAGGAAACGGCCAUGGAAACCGUCGACGGCAACGUCACCCGCGGCCUCCACCUGUGGCAGGUGACCGACGGACGGCACUUCAUCCAGUCCAUCUUCACGGCCCAGGGCGAGCUCAAGGACUGCGAGUACAUCCGCAGGAAGGACGUCAUCGGCUCCUUCCUCGAGUCGUUCGACAAUGACGUGGAGCGGGCGCGCCUGCUGGCCGCCGACCAGGAAUCCGACGGCCAGGAGCAGCUGGACGUGCAGAACCGCAUGACGAACGCGACGUUCACGCUGCUGGAGUCUGUGCCCGAGGAGCUGGCCGGCUACCUCGACUACAAGCAGAUGAGGCGCAUCUGCAAGGAGCAGCACAAGAUGAUCCGCAAGGUGGCCCACAAGAAGCAUCACGGCAACGCGAAGGAGAAGGCGGACGCUGAAGCCUAUAUCACCAGGCACCGGCGCGAUCUGCUGGAUGUGUUCCGCGUGCCCGGCACCAAGUGGUGCGGCAAGGGCUACACGGCCACCACGUACAGCACGCUGGGCGGCUACGCCGGCGCCGACCGCUGCUGCCGGCACCACGACAAAAAGUGUCCCUACUGGAUCGGAUCACUCGAGGAGAAGUAUGGCCUCUUCAACUGGGGCAUCUCCACGCUCAACCACUGCGCGUGCGACGAAAGGUUCCACACGUGUCUGAAGAUGACCGGCUCCGGCGCGGCCAACAUGGUCGGCAAGAUCUUCUUCAACAUCGUGCGCACCAAGUGUUUCGUGCUGAAGAAGCGUACCGAGUGCGUCAAGAGUAGCUGGUGGGGCAACGAGUGCGAGGAGAAGCGGAUCGUCAAGCGGGCGGCGCUGAAGGAGGCGCUGCCGUACUGAGCGCGGCGCGCUGGAGGACGGAGAAGAUGGAGGACUGGAGGACGGAGAGGCUGGAGGAUGUUUCCACGGACGGUCACUAGUCAGACCGCUGACCGCCGGCGGCACCGACAGCCCGGCCCGGGGACGGCUGAACGAUCCGCCACGGUGUCUGUCCAUCAUACAGACGCCCGCCAGGCUCCCUCCCCCACGAGCGGCCCGGUAAUAUGUCGUACCAUCUGACAACAAAUGUCCGUGUCCAUUUGUUGAAAUGUCGAUUCAAGUCUGCUACGGCCAAGGCCAAAGCCAUGACAUGCAAUACUGUGAUACUCACCUCGUGGCCACUACCCGUUUUCUGAGGCACGCCACGCUGCAUGACACUCGUGUAAGCCCCCUAGAUGACAUUUUGUGUAGACCAGUGUACAGUGACCUAUCGCUCGAUAUGCGGCCCGCGACAAAUGCUCAGGAGUGUGUGUAGGUUUUCCGGGUGUCCCGGAACCGCGGACUGCAGUGUGUAGAUUGAAUGCUUAUGUCAGCCCACUGUAUCACUUGUCAUACUCAUUACUGUUUUCAUCUAAACAUCAAAGGCGCUCACGUUAUUUUCGUAGAAAAUAGGAAAUAUAAGCGAUACCAUUUA